AUGGCCACCACCGCGGCGACCAAGGCAUCGUUCACGGCGUUGGGCCUCGCCGGCGGGUUCGCCGUCUCCGCGCUAGCCGCGCCCCACGUCGCCGCGGAGGAUCAUGCGUGGAUGAACCACGCCACGUCCCCGACGGUCGGGUACGGAACCGUCGACGUCGCCAACGCGCUGCUCGCGGCGCUCAUGCCCGUCGCGCGCUGCCUCGACAUGCGCGACGCCACCACCGGAAAGGUCUACGACGUGGAGAUCAAGACCAUCGGCUCGCAGUUCACCACGUCCGCGAUCGCCAUGCGCCUCGCGCGCAACUCCGCCAUGGUCUACUCGCAGGUUGUGGGCAAGUGGAUCACGGAGAUGGCCGAGAUUGAAGCCGAGGCUGACCUGCAUAAAGGGGUGUACCAGCGCCCGGUUCCGGUGAUCCAGUGGGCGGAACCCCGCAAGCGCGCGAUGCAGGGGUUCGUACGCGAGACGUGCGUGCAGCUCGCGAGACGGCUGUUGGAGCGAGCCGCGGUGGCGUUCCUCGACGCCAGGACCUGUCGCAAGAUGAUCAAAGACUACGCCAGAUCCGCGACGCGCAAGUGCGUUCGCGCGUCCUGGGAGCACGGCGACCUGACCCGUGCCGGGAAGGCGCUGAGCAUGGCGUCCACCUACGCCCGCGCCAACGUCAUCGUCGCGGGCGGGGAGUUCGUAGUCGCGUCGACGAUCAUGGCGUUCUUCUGCCGAGCGCUGUACUCGUCGCGGCGAUCGGGGAAGGGUUUCGACACUGCAGACGCCAAGGAUGACGACACUGCAGACGACGAGGACGACGAGGACGCCGGCGACGCGUCCACCGCCUCCUUGCCCGGGUUGGCGGCGUCGGAGAAGAAGAAGGGCGGCAAGAAGGCGACCGUCGCCAUCGACGACUCGAGACUGACGUUUGUGGUUUUGGAGCUCUACGCUCGAAUGCUCGUCGGCAACGCGGCGAGGGGUUUGUGCGUCGUGGCGGGUGGAGCUGUUGGGGCUGGGCUCGUCGCCGCGCUGCGCGCCAAGGACUGCGGGUCGUGGGAUCCGAAGUGGUGCGGGCGCAUGACGAUCGUCGGCGCGGCGCUCGGAGAGAUCGUCGGCGCGAGCGUCGGGACGCGUGCGCAGCGGUCGGUUCCCGGGGUGGGCCCGGUGGUUGAGGCGCUGGCGAGGAAGAGGAAGUGA